GGGGGGCCCCCUCCGCACCGCCGGGGCCCUCCGCGGCGCGCCCGGAUGCCCUUGCGGUGGCCGCCGCGGGCCGGCCCCGAGCGUCUGCAGGCCCCCGCGCCGCCAACGUAGCCGGCCUCCAGCGCGCCCAGGCCGCGGCUCCACAUGCCCCGCGCGCGCAGGAGCUCCUGGGUCGCCGUCCUGAACGCCCUCUGCAUCGCCGCCGCCGGCGCCGCGCGCGGCCCGCCGCAGCCGCGGCCGCGCGCAGGCGGCCCCGGGCGCGCCGCCGCUGGUUACCCGUCACCCGCCAGAGCGGGAGCGGCGGCGCUCGCCACGGCAGCCCGCCCCGCGGGCGUCGGGUCCGCGGGCCUGCUGGCGGAGUCCGUCCGCGGAGCAUCGCAUCAGGGGGCAGACCUGGACGACUGGGAUGCGCUGUCCGCCGCGGUGCAGACGGGGAAGGAUCCCGACUUGGACGAGGCCGCCCGGGCAGUGAAGGAGCCAGUUGCGCGCUGCCAUGGUUGCGAUGUGGAGGGGCUGUCCUACGCGAAAGCAGCGGCCGACGGGCACCGCUGGCCGCCGCUGGCCGCCGCCACCGCCGCCGCCGCCCGCGAGGCCCUGCGAGUGCCCAGGUCUCUGCGCCGCUCCGGCCGCCUUCGUGGCCGCCCCGCGCAGCGCGGCUCCGAGGCGCAGGGCCGCGAGUGGGGGGGCGGGCCCCUGCAGGAUCCCGAGUCUGCCCUGGCACGGCCCACCCUCAUCGCUCACGUCUUCUGUGCCGUGGUCUGCCUCUGUGCCAUGGCCACGCUCUGUCUCAGCUCGCCCAGGGCGGAGCCUCCCGUCUCCAGGGCACGCGCGGGACCAGCCGCCAUGGGGAAGUUUGCCGUCGACCCGUCCCUGUCCAUGAAGAUGCACCAGUACCAGAUCGUCGGCCGUGCGGCGCCCACGCCGAAGAACCCCACGCCGAAGAUCUACAGGAUGCGCAUGUUUGCGAAGAACAAGGUGCUCGCCAAGUCGCGUUUCUGGUACUUCAUGAAGAAGCUCAACAAGGCCAAGAAGAGCGGUGGCGAGCUGCUCGCGGUGAACGAGCUCUUCGACCGCGGCCCCACCAAGGUGAAGAACUACGGCGUCUGGCUGCGCUACGAGAGCCGCACGGACACGCACAACAUGUACAAGGAGUUCCGCGACAUCACCAUCAACGGCGCCAUCAGCCAGCUGUACCAGGAGAUGGCCGGCCGCCACCGCGCCCAGGCCGGUUCCAUCCAGAUCAUCCACGCCACGGCCAUCCCCGCCAGCGCCUGCAGGCGCGAUCACGUCACGGAGAUGCACGACUCGGGCCUGAAGUACCCCGUCAUCACGAAGUUGCCGCUGGUGGCCAAGAGGCUGCGCACCACCUACAAGGCCAGCCGGCCGAUGACCUUCGUCCGCUGA